UAGAGAUGGAAGCUAAUUAAGUGCCAUGAAAAGGUUUUGCAAGUUUUCUGGAAGAAUAAAGAUAGUACGAUGCUAUGCUCACCCAUUGUAAAUAAAUUAUUGAGCGGUUGUGACUUGUGAGUGGGAUAGCCACUCCGUGAAAAAGGAUGUUAGCAUGUAUCAGGUGCCUCCCCCAUUGUAACAGAGCCUAUAUAAACUCUGUAUUUUCUCAGUAAUGGAUAUGAACUAAAAUCUAUUUCUUUUACGCAAUAUAUCUCCACUCCUUGUUCUUUCAUACUAUUCAGCUCCGUGAAUUAUCUUAAAUUCAUUCACCAGGUUAAAUAGGAAAUUGAUUGUUCACUAUAUUUGUCAACCCCAAUUUAUUUGUGUUUCAUCUCUACACAAACAAUGGCGUGUUUUUACUAAUUCAAGUGCAGCAACUUCGUGUUCUACAGACUACAUUUUUAGUCUAAGUUGACUUCAUCGUAUAAAUGGUUUCUUCGGUUGGGAAUUUAAGGGAAGUGCAGGCAAAUCAUGAUGUUGAAAGAAUGAAACGACAGAGAUGGAAUAACAUUAUUUUAUGGAACAAUAUUAUCCCAAUGAUACGGCUUGGACUCACUCCUAACCAUCCCAAGCUCAACGAGGCGGAUGUUAUGCCCCUUACCAAUCAGGUAAUUAUCCCUGAUGAUGAUGUUCCAAUUGAGCAACCAAAUAACCUCAAAAUACCCCUCCAUGUCAUAAAAACGUGUACCCAAGACUUCAACGAAAGGAAUUUCAUCGGUAAGGGUGGUUACGGAAGGGUUUAUAAGGGAACCCUUACAUGGGCAAAUCAUAUAAACCAACUAGUAGCUGUAAAGCGGCUAGAUGUCACUAGAUUUCAAGGUAACAAAGAGUUCCAAACAGAGAUCACGUUGCUUUCUGAGUAUCAACACAAAAACAUUAUAACACUUAUAGGUUUUUGUAACGAUAACAAGGAGAUGAUUCUUGUUUACGAAUACGCAACGAAUGGAAGCCUUGAUGCAUAUUUAUGUGACACUAGCUUGUUCGGUGGACUAUCAUGGCCACAACUCCUCAAAAUAUGUAUUGGUGUUGUUUCUGCAUUGGACUAUCUUCAUAACCACGUGGCUGAAAAACACAGAAUUAUACAUCGCGAUGUAAAAAGUGCAAAUAUUUUGUUGGAUGAGAAUUGGAAUGCAAAACUUUCCGAUUUUGGUUUGGCUAGAAUAGGUUUAGCAAAUCAACUUAACACCUUUGUGAUCACUAACCCUGCUGGCACAUAUGGUUAUACUGACCCACAAUACAUAAGAACAGGGUUUUUAACAAAAGAGUCGGAUGUUUAUUCGUUGGGUGUGGUUUUGUUUGAAGUUUUGUGUGGAAGGCUAGCCUAUGUUUCCAGUUACCAUGAUGAGCGGCGUUUCUUACAUCAUUUGGCUCGAACCUGCUACAAAAAUGGAGAGCUAGAUAAGAUUAUUGAUCAAAGAAUAAAGAAAGAUAUCAACCCAAGAACAUUAAGCAAGUUCUCAACUAUUGCAUAUAAAUGCUUGCAUAAGACUCGGGAAGAACGACCUACAAUUGCUGACAUUGCAUCCCAACUUAGGGAAGCCUGGAAAAACCAAGUAAGUUUGAAUAAUGUUUUUAUUCAAUUACUUUAAUAGGGACAUUUUUAUGGGAAAAUAAGGAUUUCCAUAUAAUAGUACAUGAGUUGCUAACCCAAUAUUUCUUUUUCAUCACCAGUUUACAAGAUAAUGGAAGUGAAACCUUCUUGAUCAGUUGAUUCACAAAAAAAAAAAAAAAGAAUCAUUGGUUAAUAUUUAUUAAACGAAGGGGACAAGGACAAAUAAAAUCUAAACCAAAAGUCCAGUUCAAUUGUUGCAUAGAGAUAUAAUUUGACAACACAACGCCAUUUGUUGGUCUUCUACAAGGAGGAAAAAGGGUUGAAAUAUUAACAAAUAUUUGUCUCUUUCUAUAUUUAAUAUGUUCCUACAUGAAUGUACUAUAAGUUUUGUUCUACGAACUUCAUUAAGACCACAAUCCUCAAAAUAAUGGUUCACUAGAUUACAACAAGUGGAAAUCACGGAUAAAAGAUUUAUAAAAUUUUAUUAGGGAACUGAUCUGUACAUAAC